AUGACCGCGAUGUUACUCGAUCAGAUCCAAGAUGGCUACCCCGGACUUGCAAAGUUCAUAGGACAGGAUCUGGACCAAGGACUUGGAAUCUUUAAGAAAUUCGCCGAGCUGAAUGCUCGUAGUCUGCUGUAUAUGCAGGCUGAGCUUCUCUGUCUCGAACAAGAGCUGGAUGUUAUUACUUACGUCGACGAACAUGGCACGGAUGCCAGCACAAAGAACUUUGCCAGAAGUGUAUGGGAAAUGAAGAAGCCACCGAACAAACCUCAAUGGGAAAAAGUCCUAGAGAUUAGGAGGAAGUUGAAAGACUACAACCGCGCCAACAAGAACGAUUUGAAAUGGCUCCAGGUCUGGUUGCAGCACCGGGAAGGAGGGAAAUCCUUCCUCGAAGGCUGCGAAUAUCGAGCCUAUGACGAGAUGGAGAAUCCAGAUUUGAUCUCCAUCUCUAGCAGACCUUCCAACGAUAGAUUCACGCGAUGGCUAGAAAUGAGUCUGAUACCUCAUCUUCCUACUCGCCUACGGAAAAGGGUUCUAGUAGGUACCAAUCCCACUCACAUCUCCACAGCGCUCACAGCCUCAAACCAGGAGCCGAUGGCGGGAUCAGAAGAGACAGGUAUAGGCCGCGUCAAGCUAGAAGUCCUCCACCGGUUCGCUCGAGCACUGAAUGUGGUACUUUCUGCAAUCAUCCCGUCGACCGCCAUCGUCGCACUGUAUAUGAUCAACAAUCUUCCAUACAGAAUCGCGGCUGUUGCAGCUUUCUCGGGAGUAUUCGCAUCUGUUCUGGCUAUCUUCACGACAGCCCGUCCGGUGGAGAUAUUUGCAGCCACCGCAGCGUGA